AUGGUUGCUGGCAGCAUAGCGGGCAUGUCGGAGCAUGCGAUCAUGUACCCAGCUGAUACGAUCAAGACUCGGAUGCAAGUCACUGCCAGCAGACACCAGCCGCAGUACGGCGGGGUCUACAACGCUCUAUCGCUCAUCCUCAAGAACGAAGGCGUCUUUGGGAUUUAUCGAGGGGUUGGUGCAGUUCUCUUGGGCGCUAUUCCAGGACAUGCCAUGCAUUUCGCUGUUUACGAGGCGGCAAAGCAGCGACUGGGAGGCUCGCACACUCAUCUUCAGCACAUGGUAGCUGACAUGAUGUCUGGAUCUGCGGCUACUCUCGUUCACGAUGGGAUCUCCACGCCUGUGGACGUGGUGAAGCAGAGGAUGCAGCUCUACGGCUCCAGGAAGAUGUACGGAGACAGACUGUUCGAGUGCAUCCAGAACAUUUACAAAGAGGGAGGAGUAAGGCAGUUUUACCUUUCUUACCCCACCACCGUGGCGAUGAACAUUCCCGUCUUUGCCGUAUACUUUGCAACCUAUGAAAAAGUCAAGAAAACCAUCGCUCCUCAUAUUGCAACAAAUCUCGACGAAGGAACUUUCAACCCUCAGGUCCAUUGCGUGGCCGGAGGCAUGGCAGGCGCUAUUGCUGCAGCUUGCUCGAACCCCCUCGACGUCAUCAAGACAAGAUUGCAAACGCAGGUGACGGAAGCACUUGGAAUGACUUUGAAGUCUGACGUUGUUCAGCAUCUGAUGAAGACUGAGGGCGUACGAGGAUUCCUAAGAGGAGUUGGAGCAAGAAUGCUCUAUCAAGCUCCGGGGGCGGCAGUCUGCUGGGUCACAUACGAAUACAUGAAGUGA